CAUGAAUCACCGCGUCCCGUCCAACCGCAGGUACCAGCCAACGGAGUACGAGCAUGCAGCGAACUGUGCCACCCACGCAUUCUGGAUCCUGCCCAGCAUCCUUGGCAGCUCCAUCCUCUACAUCCUUUCUGAUGACCAGUGGGAAACUAUCUCAGCCUGGAUCUAUGGCUUUGGUUUGUCCAGCCUCUUCAUUGUCUCCACCAUCUUCCACACCAUCUCCUGGAAGAAGAGGCAUCUCAGGACUGUGGAGCACUGCUUGCACAUGUUCGACAGGAUGGUGAUCUACUUCUUCAUCGCGGCGUCGUACGCUCCCUGGCUGAACCUGAGGGAGUUGGGUCCCUGGGCCUCCCACAUGCGCUGGAUCAUCUGGAUCAUGGCGUCUAUCGGGACCGUCUAUGUUUUCUUCUUCCAUGAGCGGUACAAGCUGGUGGAGCUGGUGUGCUACGUUAUCAUGGGCUUCUUCCCCGCCUUGGUCAUCCUCUCCAUGCCCAACAGGGAUGGCCUCCCAGAGCUGGUGGCUGGUGGACUCUCCUACUGCCUGGGCAUGGUCUUCUUCAAAAGCGACGGCCGCAUCCCCUUCGCCCACGCCAUCUGGCACCUCUUCGUGGCCAUCGGAGCUGGCAUCCACUACUAUGCCAUUUGGAGGUACCUCUACCGGCCUAGCGUGCUGGAGGCUAAAACAUCCCGGUAAAUGCCUUAAAAGACAUAAUUUGUGCCAACCAGCACAUGGGGGCAUGGAGGGGAGCAGGGAGGCAGCCUGUGCCCUGGCCUCACCCCCAGCCACCCGCUCGCCCUAGCCUGGAGGUUGCUUUUAAACAGAUUUUUUUCUUUUUUAACCUCGGUAACUGUUUAUUCUUUUAGGCAAAGGUUUCAUAACAUGGUGCCCGGCCAAUGGGCUGCAGGUCUAGGGGAGC